GGCGUACGCGCGGUGAGGUGGGGCAUAUUUAUACACACAUAUUCAUUCUCUCGCGCGAUUCGAGAAAAUAUGGUCGCAUAGCAGAGCGCACUCGAUCGCAGUUUCUGUAACAAACAUUUUCGUGAGUUUCUCAAGUCCGUUUAAGUUCGUGCCUUACACGAAGCUCCCCGAUGGUGAUGGCGCACGGGAUGAAGGCGAAGCCCGGGGACGGCGGCUCGCCAAAAACUGGCAUCGGAUCACGGCGCAUCUUCCCACCGCAGUUUAAACUACAGGUGUUGGAUUCCUACCGACACGAUGCGGAUUGCAAGGGUAAUCAGCGCGCCACCGCCCGGAAAUACGGCAUCCACCGUCGGCAGAUUCAAAAGUGGCUGCAGGCGGAAGGCAACCUGCGCAACAGCGUCGUCACCGCCACCAACAACAACAAUAACUGCGUGUUGGUGAAUAAUAACAAUAAUGGUAAAAAUACAACACCGAAGGGUGGCGAUCAUCAGGCGAGUAUGGCGGUGGUGGCCUUGGAGUCUGUGCCAGCAGCGGCAACCAUGGCGUUAUCGCCGGCGAUGCCGGACCCCGCGUCGCCCGCAGACAUCGCGUCGCCAACACGCGCGCACGCGCACCAGCCACACAUGCCGAUGGAUCUGUCCGUGCGGCGACCCUCCUCCGCCACCGCACCUGCGACGACGCCGAGUCUACCAACGCUGUGGCCUGUCGCCGUGCCGUCUCGCUCACCGUCGCCUCACUCACGCGCACGUUCACGCUCACGCUCGCCGCUCACCGCACGCACGUCGAGCGUCAUCAUGACACCGCCAUGGGACCUAAGCAAGAAAAUCAAAAUGGAUGAACAUGCGCAGACGACCAAACCACUUUUCAAGCCUUACUUGUUGGAUGACGUCGACGACAAACACCAGCAACCACCAGCAGUGAAUAACUACUACGCCGCCUCAACGUAUUACACCUACGUGUCGUACGAAGCCAACGUCGACGUGCGCUACGUCUUCGACGAGUCCGGCGUCCUCCAGCCGACCUACUUACGCCCGCUGUCAUUCAACACAGCGCAAGCGCCCCACACACCACACCAACGACAGUCGUAUCCUCUGGAUUUCAAACUGCGCGCAAUUGACAGCUACUAUCGCGAUGACGUCUGCAAGGGCAACCAACGCGCAGUCGCCUGCAAGCACAACAUCCACCGGCGGCAGGUGCAGAAAUGGCUGAAACAAGAGGACGAACUGCGCGAGCGCAUUGCAUGAUGAUGCCAUCACGUGGACGCAACCACAACCACAACUCCAGCCUUCCCAAAAUGGCGGACUGACACCGAGUGCCUUGUUGUUAUUUACAUUGAAUAACGUUUAAUAAGUAAUAUCGAAUGUGCCAAAACCGAGACGAGAGUAAUAGUUCUAUAGGCAGCAAUAAUUAAUCUUAUUUUGUACAUAAAUUCUAAUUGUAAGCGUCUAGGAGUUUAAGCGAGAGCGUCUUCCGAACAUUUGCCAUAUUAAUCGUAACAAAUAUUGAUAUUUAUAAGACUCGACAUAUCGUAAUCAAACUCAGCUGUAUUUUGCACGAACGAAGAAAUUAUUUCAUAUAUUGCGGAAGAAACACAUGUGAUCAUUAUAUCAGUAUAGAACUAUAAGUAGAGAAUACGUUUCUAAUUGAUUAUACACGGAUACAAAACAUAAAUUAUAUUAUAUACAAAUUAUAUUAUUAUAUGAUGCGGAGAGAGCGAUCGACGCGCACGCGCUGAGCGUAAAUACAUAUUUUUUAACUGCA